AUGACUUAUUCUCCUGUUGCCAUCCCUGGAACUUUUGGUUUCGGUACCAUGUCAAUGACUUGGAAACCAACUCCUCCCCCAAUUAAGCAAUCCGUCGAAACUUUAAAAUUCGUAACUACUCAUCCAGAAUUUGGUGUCCAAUUACUUAAUGGAGGUGAAUUCUAUGGUCCAAAUGAUGCAAACUUAAAAGUCUUUGAAGAAUUUUUUAAAGCCAGUGAUCCUGAAAUUCUUAAAAAUUUAGUCGUAUCUAUCAAAGGUGGUCUUACCGAAACUUUAGCAACAGAUGGAAGUAAAGAAAAUAUUUCAAGAUCAAUUAAGAAUGUUGCUUCGUAUUUCCCAAAGGAAAACCGUCCAAAGAUCCUUUUUGAAAUCGCUAGAGUUGAUAAAAAAGUCCCAUAUGAAGAAACUAUUGGAUAUAUUGCUGAUUUCGUUAAAGAUGGUACCAUUGAUGGUAUUUCGCUUUCUGAAGUCGGUAUCGAAACCCUUAAUAAAGCAAUUCAAGUAUUUCCAAUCUCCUGUGUUGAAUUGGAAUUGAACUUAUUUGCCCAAGAAGUUAUUUCCACCGGUAUUUUAGCUGAAUUAUCCAAACAUAAAAUCCCAUUAGUUGCUUAUUCUCCACUUUGUCGUGGUAUUUUGACCGAUCUUGCCGUUGAAACUGCCGAUACUUUCAUAUCUGACAUUCCAAAGGGUGAUAUCAGACAUAAUUUUGAUAAAUUCCAACCAGAAAACUUUGAACAUAACUUACCUGCCUUAAAAGCAUUAUACAAUUAUGCUCAUGAUGUGAAGGGAACAUCAUUGGAAUCAUUGGCACUUUCUUGGAUUUUGAAGGUUUCGGGAGCUAAGAAUUUUAGAGGAAUUGAUCAAGUUACUCAUAUUUUACCAAUCCCAAGUGGAUCUACUAAAGAAAGAGUUACUGCUAAUUUUUCAAAUUUUGUUGAAUUGACUGAUGAAGAUUUGAAGAAUAUUGAUGCAAUUUUUGAAAAGCAUCCUAUUAAGGGAUUGAGAUAUAAUGUUCAUAUGGAAGAUACUUUAUUCCAAUAA